CCGGCCACAAAAAGGUCCCCUCUCUCACUUCCUCCAACGCUUUUCCACCAACCUCAACUACAUCUAUUCUCUACUUCUCAACAAUCACUUUUCAAGUAUUACACCCAUAGCAACCAUACCAAUUGCUCACGACAAUGAGCGCCGAAACCUACCUCACCUCAACCCCGGUCUGCGAGGGAACCCUCACUAACGUCGACAAAGCUGCAAUAGCGCAAUUUGAGAACACUCUUGACACCUGCGUCAAUGAAUGGCGUGGAGGAAAAGAUGCUAUCCUGCUCCAGGACAACUUUCAAGAGCUCUUCGGCGAUUUUGCCCUGCACUUCUUCGAGCGCAGCCUGAGUGAGCGAGUGGGACAGCCUGUCGCCUUAACCUCAGUGGGUAGCGGCAACAUUCACCACACACUGGUCCAAAUGCCAAAGACCCAGAGGCCGGAGCUCCUCGCUCAGGUGCAGCAGGCCGAUAUUUCGCAGACAGGUCGUUCUGAGCGCACUCCACUUACCACCGAUCCUAUCGCUAUUGGCGUAAAGAAAGCGCCGCGCCCUAUGAACUGCUGGAUCAUCUUCCGAGACGCGAUGCACAAGAAGCUCAAAAUUGAGAACCCGCAUCUCACUGUGCAACAGAUCUCUACACGUUGCUCUGAGAUCUGGCACAGUCUCUCUCCGGCAGAGAAGAAACCCUGGCAAGCAGCCGCGAAGUCAGCGAAAGAAGAGCAUCUGCGCCAACACCCUGAUUACAAGUACAGUCCCCGAAAGCCGGGUGAGAAAAAGAAGCGACAGUCACGCAAGGCGAAGCGAGCAGCCUCCGUUGCCACGGGAAUGGAGGCCUUCAACUUCCAGCUAGCCUCCGACAUGACAACCUCGACGACUGACACCAGUCUCAUUCCUACUGUUGCAGCAGAUACUGUUGCAGCUAAUGUCGGUGAGGUUCUUGUGGCUGAGCCGUUCACUCUCGUCGAGAUGUCACCCGAGACACCAAUGCCUACCGGUUACGUCCAUGACUCGGAGUCUCUUCGACACAAUCGGCUUGAAGCCGAGUUUGGACUGGACUUCGGUAUUGAGAUGCCUUUCGAACUCUUCGGCGAGGAAGCAUUCGCAUUCCGUGCCGGUGCGGACGGUAAUGCUACCCUACCGUCGAUCUACUCGGAUUUCUAUUGA